UGUAUUUACAUACACAUUAAUUUUUGUGUAGAUGUCAUAUUUGUAAUAAAAAACUGGCAAGCCGAAAUACUUACCAGAAUCACAUGGAUUCAAAACAUCCUGACUCGAGAGAUUUGCAUUUCUUUUGUAAAUUGUGUCCCCGAAAAUUCGUUAAACAAUAUAUACUAGACUAUCAUAUGAAGUCGAAGCACACAACCACACGUGAUUUCAUCUGUAAAACAUGCAACAAAGGGUUCGUCAGCGCUGGUGUUUUGAAAAAGCAUGAAAAGAACAUCCAUUUAAAUGAAUAUGAGUCUGUGUGCGAAAUAUGUGGAAAAUGUUUUAAAGCUGCCCACAAUCUUUUGCGUCACGUGGAUGCCAUACAUUGUGCAGAGCCGCGUACUCGAGCGCAGUGUCAUAUCUGCAACAAGUGGCUAAAAAACGCGUAUACUCUUAAAAAACAUGUGCUUGCACAUGGUCAAGAGCCUCCCGACAAACAAUAUCCGUGCUCCAAAUGUGGCGCUAUAAAAUAUUCGCGUCAUUCCCUUGGGGCGCAUAUACGUUACCAUCAUUCGGAUCGAAAAUUUAAAUGCCCUGUUUGUAGCAAGGAGUUCAAACUGCCAAUCGCAUUAAGGGAACACGAAGCAAGACACGCUGGUGUACACCUAUAUACUUGUUCGAUUUGUGCUAAGAAGUUUAGAUCAAGUCGAAACAUGCGUAAACAUAUGGCAAAUCAUUCCGCCGAAGCAAUAAAUCAACAAUGUAAUGAACUUGAUAUCCAACAUUCUGAUGAACCAGCGUCACAGCUUUCUAUUGAACCCGUGUCUCAACCAUCUGAUGCACAGGCUUGCCGUCAGUUGCAACCCCCUGAUAUGUCUUCAGGGCUUUUAAAUCUUCUGCCUUUCAACGAAACACUGCAUUGAAAUAAAAAAAAAAGUUUAUUGAAUGUAUGUACAUUAGGGUGGUCCAAAAAUGCAUGUGAAAAGUAAAGU